GUCACGGAAGACUUGUUACGAAAAAGAGCUGAACACAAUAACUGCGAGAUAUUUUCAUUAGAAGAAAUAUCUCUUCAUCAACAGGAAAUUGAAAGGUGAGCCCUGAGCUCUUUUUCGGUAGGUAAGAAGUGAGCUGAUGGAUUGUUUAAGUUAGAAAUAUGACUGUAUCUCAAUGGUAUACUGUUGAUAAAAAAUAUUCUUUUCUCGUCUCUCAGAAUCGAGCUUCUUGACAAACUCUGUAGAGAUCUUAAAAUUCUCUACUUGCAGAGCAACCUAAUACCAAAAAUAGGUAAGCUGGGUUUAAACUACCACCCUAUCUGUUUGCACUAGACAGUAACAGUAUAUGAUAAUAAAUUCUGCUUCUUUCUGGUCUUGUUUCAGAAAAUGUUGGCAGGUUAAAGAAGUUAGAAUAUCUAAAUUUAGCUCUGAAUAACGUAGCAAGAGUUGAAAAUCUAGAAGGUAACCUGCAUUAGUAGUCGUCUUUGCGCUUUUUUUCAUGAAGAGGUUUUGCAUUGUUUUGUGGGACAGGAUAUUAAUGAAAUUUUAACCUGGGGCUCCUGUUUGCUGUCUGGAAAACAGUGAAAUCUGAGAAUUUUUCAGAUGCCAAGAGUGAAGUCCCUGGGCUUAAAAAUGCAAGACUUUUGUGGUAAAAAGUUCAUGAUUCCAAAAGAGAGAAACACAAGACUGAUUAGUAAUGAGACCCGUGGUUUCUUAGCUACGUUCCCUACCCUCCUCUCUUGUGUGAGCAUUCACAGAUAAUAGUGAUGCUCACGUUGAUGAAACCUGUUAAAAUUAAUGUACCAACCAGAAGUGCAUUGGUUCUUGAAACAAAAUAUUCUCUUGUUUCACUCAUUGCAGAUUUUAAUAGCAAAAACAAUGUUUAUAAACAGUGAUGUGGAGCCUAUAGUAAUUUUUCUUUCAAUGGUGCAAGAAACAUAGAUUUUAAAAUACACUGUACUUUUGUGAGAAGAAGGCUUAUAUGAGUGUUAUAAUAAUAUGAUGAUUAAUGUGUUCUGUCUUUUUUUCAGGCUGUGAAUCUUUACAAAAAUUAGAUCUUACAGUAAAUUUUGUUGGAGAACUUACAAGUAUUGAGUCACUCAGAAAGAACCAUCAUUUCAAGGAGCUGUGAGUCUUUUUAAAUACUGACUAAAGUAAAUUUUAUUCAAUCCAGUUAUAAACACAUUUAUUAUGGAAAGAAAGGAAACCAACACCAUGGCCUGUUGUCACCCACACUUAGCUUUCUUAAUCCCCUGUGUAUGAUCAGACCAAUGUUUUAUGUUAAUGACAUUAAGACUACACUGAAAAACCUUUUUGAUCAUGUAUACAAUCAUAUGAAUAGUAAAGAGAGCUUUUUUUUCCAGUUUUGUUGUUUUUGUCAGUUUUUGGCAAUGGGCUCUGCCCUAAAGCUGUAUAAAUGUUUUGGCAGCCACCACAUUUUUUAUCUGAGAUAUUUUUUCUGGUUAUACAUAUAGAUAUCUGACGGGGAAUCCUUGCACGGAGUAUGAGGGUUACAGAGAAUAUGUCAUUGCUACCUUGGAUAAUUUACAGUGGCUUGAUGGAAAAGAGAUUGAAAAAUCUGAGAGGAUUCUAGCAAAACAGGUUUGGCUUCUAUUCAAUCCCAUUUUGCAUAUAUAAAAAUAUACAUAUUAAUAUUUUAAAAGUUUAUAUUUCAAUUUUUAACUGCAAAAAGUACCCUGCAAGCUUCCUUUAAUUUUGUCUUCUUAAUAAAGGAGGAGAAAGGGAAACUUUGCCUGAAUUGCCUCAAACCUUUGAGGUCGCCACAGCCCAAACUUCUGGACCAGUCAAUCUUGUUUUCUUUUGUCAAACUGGUUUUUUUUAGUGCGAGUAUCCAUUUAUUAAUAAACCGAUGGUCAUAACCAAGCCCUCUGUAGCAAGCACAAGACUGUUAGGUCUGGGUUUGAAACUAUAUCCUAGCAAAAUGCCGCACAUGCUCAACAAAGAUCUUACUCAAUUCAUGCAGAGUCUGUAAUCAAGCUACCAAACGCAAAGGCUCUGAUGGGAGGGUGUUAGAAAAGAAGCUGCAAAAAAUGUUCAUUUGCUCUAUGUGUUUAUAUAUAGAUACAUGAUAAGAAUGUGAUUUCAUCUGAGCUUUUAAAUAUAAAAUGUUUGUUAGAUCCUGUACUCUAUUGACCUCUUCCUGUACUUACAACCCUUUUUUGUACAGGAUUAUGAAAAUGUCAGAAACAAGAUUAUUACUCAACAAACAGAGUAUUCCAAAAAAAGGGUAAGUCAAGAAAUCUCUAACUUCUUAACAAAUUAAAGAAAACCUUUUAAACCAAAUAUACAUGUACAUGUGAAGACUUAUUUAAUUUCCCAGAAAUUGUAUUAUAAAAUUAAUAGUGAAUUAUUAUACUCAUUAAAACGUUGUUUGUUUCUGUACUUUAUUUAUUCAAAGUUAUUUUUUUCUCUUCACAAGUCUCAUUCAUCAUGCUUGAGACUUAAACUGGCAAAUUGAAAACAUUAAUCCCACUCUUUAAUCCACACUACUUGUUAACAGGAAACAAUAAAUAAUGACUGGUGAUAAGCACCUAGGCUCUAAAAAGUGCCCUGUCUCCCAAAUAAAGGCCUACCUCAUCAGUCAAUUAGUAACCAGAUGAUUACUUGCAUACAGAUUAUAGAUGUAAUAACAUCAAUGACACCUGCAGGGGGAAGGUAGAGGAAGAGAGAGUCAGAUCUCGCCAACCACUCUUUAAAAAAUUGAUGGGCAGGUGAAGUUCAGAACUGUAAUGGCCGCCCUAAGACAGAGUCGUCGUACAAGCCAGUUCUCUCUCUCCUCCACAUAAUAUAGACCUCUUUGUGUCAUAGGGAGGUUGGAAAGAAGGGGGGGGGGGGAACUGUGCACUUAGUAUUUUUAAUAAUAUUUUUCUAUUUUUUAUUGAAAUCAGUAACCCAGCGGGAGCUUGAAGGAGAAAGGCUAGGCUGUCUCAUCAGCAUUUUGGUGUAAUAUCACUUGGUAGUUAUGCAGUUUUUAAUAAAUGGACUUUCUUUCAGGAAAAAGAAAAGCAGGAUGCUCUAAAAGUAAAACAAGAGAAAGAAGAACUCUUAAAGAAAGCUGACAGUCAAAGCUGUAUAGAAGCUCAGAGGUAGAAUUUAAAUGGAUUUAUUUCAGACCAUCACCAACAUAAUGGACACUGGCCUGGGCUGUGGUCUAGCCUGCAAAUGCAGACAUAAUUAUUUAGAGAAGCAACAACCAGAAAUAUGUCAGCGUUCGCAGGCUAGCUGUGGUCUAGCAUAAGCUUGAUUUCCUCGCACCAUGGCUCUUUAAAAUCUGGUCUUCGCUCCUUCAUGAGGAUCAAUUGAGCACAGGUUCAUUUUUCCAAACACCAGCUGGUAAUGGAGCUUAUACUGCAGGGUUGUCAAAAGUAGCUGGCUGUCGGUGAAAAUCACCAUCUACUUGCGUAGUAUUGGCCGGCUUCUCUGCUUGGCAUUUCUUUAUGGAUGGGGUUUUUUAAAUAAAAUAUCCCUGAACUGGCCCCUUACUUUUACGACUCAGCUGUCUACUUCAAAACUUUCUGACAAACCUGAUACUGCGGCAGUGCCCAGUAGCCCAUAGGCUUCAUUACCGGCCGUUGUUCAGAAAAUGAGGCCAAGCUAGGACCCAACUGAGUGACAGAAGUGAAGCCUAAGUAGCCCCUGAUGACUUUAUGGUACAUAUUUGUACUUUUGCAGUCAUAGGGGAGGGAAGGAUUUCUUAGUUUUUGCACAAAGCUUUCACUGCCUAAGAGCCUUUUUAAAGCUCUCCCCCAAUUUUCUUAGAGCACUGUCUUAUGUGUAAUAAGUUCACGUCUAAUCUUUAUUUUUGAAAAGACAUUGUGGUCAAGUGGUCACUUUCCUGCCAGAGGCAUCGUUUUCAGUAUUUUAUUACUAGAGAUUUCAAGUUAUCUUAACAGUAGUUGUAGCAAUAUUUGGAACUUCAAAACACAAAGGUUGAAUGGAAGCAACAAAUCUGCACUUUUACCUCCAUUUGCAAUAUUAAUCACAAUGAACUUUGAAAAAAAGCAUCAGUCCACUAUAUCAAAUGACAAAUUCACUGAUGUCAAUAGUGCCUUGGUGUCUUAAACUUUCUAUUACUUAAAUGAUGUAGACAGUUGAUUUAUAUCUUUUUCUAACUUGAAAUAAAAGUGCUAAAGGUGAAACGGAAAAAGAGGAGGAUGAAGAGGAAAAAAGGUAUUAUUUUUGUAGGUUUUUACUGUUAUCAUGUUAUGUAGCAAAUGAGUAGAAUGAAAAAACCACCUGUUUUAAGAAUUAAAGAUCCUGAAGAAUUCAAUCAUUAAGUGCAACGUUAUGGAAGCCCCACCUCAGAUUUAGGGUUGCAUGUCUUUUCAUUUAACAGAAGAAGAAUAGUUUCAUUGCUCACAAGUUAAGUUACACAAUGUUGUGAAGAGUUUUUUGAGCUUUCAACUCUAUGUUGGCAAGUUUAUCUCAACAUUUCAAAUUCCUCAUUAAAAACAGUCCAUUUCUAAUGAACCCAGUGUUUCUUUCCCCUUCCUCCCUCCGUCACUCCACUUUCAUUCGUUCGUUCGUUCGUUCGUUCGUUCGUUCGUUCGUUCGUUCGUUCGUUCGUUCGUUCGUUCGUUCGUUCGUUCGUUCGUUCGUUCGUUCGUUCAUACAUGCAUGCAUUUAUUCAUUCAUUCAUUCAUUCAUUCAUUUUUUCUAUCUUCCUCUCAUUUUGUUUAGUCAUUCUUUUGUAAAUUAUGAUGUUAAUUAAUUUUAUUAGCAUUUUUGUAUUUCAGAUACUGGCAAGAAAAAACAGACUUCACUCCAGAAUCCCGAAUUGAACUUCAUAAGCACAUAGAAGAAAAACGAAAACAAAAAGAAAAAAAGGAUGAUGAGUGAGUAUUUGUUACUUAUUAGAGAGUCAAAAGGACGUUUUGCAAGUUGAGUUUAACGGCAUCCUGGAAUUCAAAUGUAUAGCAGAGUUUACCAGGAACAUGAUUCCAAAUGGUGCAUUAAUGAUUGCAAUUAGCUUGGUACAAGAUUGUGACUGCAGUUGUGCCCCAUAUAUACAAAUUAAAAGAGCAUUAUAUAAAAGUUAUUGUUAUUUCCAAUUUAAUUUUUUCUUUGUUUACUGAGGCUCUGUUAGAGUAAAAUUCUGACAGGCGACAUGGCCUUGAAACAUUUACAACUAAAUACCGAUAUGGGGACUUGGCUUACUCCUCAAAACCUGAAAUGACCCUAUUUGAAGUUCUGACUAGGGACAUACACUACCCCCAGCUAAGAGGGCUUCUCAACUUGUGCAAAACUUUUGAGGAGGGCUAAAUCUAGCACUUAAGUUUUCCUCAAAUAAUUUCUAUACAAAAAAUUUAUAUUCUCUGGGACAUUGUUUUGAGUAUAAAUCAGGGAGCACGAGUAGUAAUAAAUUUAUUGCGGAUAUCCAGUUAGCUCAAUUUCCUCUUUUAAACAACACUUUAGUUACCUAUGUGGAGGCAUGUGUGGCCGGGCAGUACCCUGUGAGCAGAGGCCUUUUGAUCUUCGUAGAUAAUAAGUCGGGAAGAGGAAGGAAGAAAGUUGAGGCAGCUGGCAGAGGUCCCUUCCUCUUAUCUAGGAACAUCAAAGGGCCUCUGCUCGCAGGGUAGUUGAGCAGUUAACAGCUCAAACACCUGAUCUGGAGGUCCAGGCUUCAAUUAAGCCUCGCCUCAUGCAUGUCGUUUCCUUAGACAAGGAACUUUACUCCACUUUUUCUCUCUUCACCCAGGUGCAUGUAUAAAAUGGGCACCGGCGACAUACUGCUGGGGGUAACCCUGUGAUAGACUGGCAUCCUGUCCAGGGGGGAGUAGCAGUACUCCUAGGCAUGCUUCAUGCUAUGAAGGAAACCGGGAUAAGCUUGGCCGUUUGGGCCUUUGGCUCAUGUAUACCUUUACCUUACCUAAGUUACCUAUGUUAACUUUACUGUAAUCUGUUCUAAAGGAAACUUGGAAGAGGAAAGCCUACAAAAGAAACAAGAUUCUUUUCAGAUGAUGGCCGUGUCUUAAAUAUCAACCAAGGAAAGUAAGUAGUUAUAAACUGCAUGAUGCACAAACAAUAAAAUCAAAAGCUUUCUUUAUCUCCAAAGCUCGUCUUAAGUUUUGCCUUGCUGUGAAGUUAUGGGAAACAACAUAAGAUGAAGUCUGAAUCUUUUAUAUCAUUAACUAUGUUAAAAUAUAAUAAUGUCACAGAUGGGACUUUCAGUUUCAUGAUGAUGAGGACAACAACCAAUUCAUACUGGAUCUACCAUGUUUCAAGUAAGUUCAAUAUUAGAACAGUGUUUGUCUACUAAAACAAAAGUCACAUGCCAAAAUUCAGCAAUUUUGAAGCACUUUUAAGAAAAGACCAAACAACUGUAAUGAGGUCGUUGCACAGAUCAAGUCCUAAUUCUGUAUCAUUAGUCUGCAUGUAAGUGAAAGUUGCACUAAAAUAAUUGUUCACUGACGUGUUUGUUUAUUUUGUCUGUAAAAGGUAUUUGGACACUUCCCUUAUCGAUGUGGAUGUUCAACCCAAGUAUUGUAGAGUCACAGUUAAGGGCAAGGUGAGGUGCUCACAAGCACAGCAAGCCCAUCUUUAACAGCCUUGAACUCAAGCAAUGAGAUACAAAAAAAUGCAAGCAUUUCCAUUGGGAGCAUACCCAUGUUUUUGUCACUUUAUUCUUCAGGCUUAUUGUAUAAUGUAGGACUUUUUGGAAAUGAAGAAUAUUAAUUAUGACAUCAAAAUGAACUAUAUUAUUUUUUAGCACAACCAUAGCAUAAUCAAUGGCGACAUUAAUAUUCCUUAAAAACUUUGACAGUAAUUACCCAGUGUUUACACAUCUAAACUUUGAUUUUCCCUUAUUAAUGGUUUUCAUUUUUCUCUGUUUCUUUUAGUUCAUACAUGUAGCUAUUAAUCAUGCAUGACGCCUCAUUUCUCACACCUCACUCAUUUGUUUUGUGAAGGUGUUUCAGCUGGCUCUAUCAGAGGAAGUAAACCCUGACUCCUGCUCUGCAAAAAGAUCUCAGACAACAGGACAUCUCAUCAUAGAAAUGCCCAAGGUAGAAGAUUAAAUUGUUAUGCAAUAAUAUCUUACAUUAUAUCCUACAUCAAAGCAUAUAUAUAGUCUCCAUAGUCAAAGACAACAAAAGACUGUUUUGGGGAACGUGUAAUUUGGUUUGAAAAGCCCCCCCCCCCCACCAUGUCCUUAAUCCCCAUGGGGUAUUCCAGAGUUGAAGUGAGGGGAUGAUAAAAAGGGGCAAAAAUUAAAACCAAAAAAGCCCUAGGAUUUUCUUUGAACCCCAAAAAUUCCCUGGACCAAAUACAAACCCCCCAAAAUAUCCAAAUGCUGAAUUUAAUUCCAUGCCUUAAAAAUUUUCAAAAAGGAAAAUAAAACAGGUAAAAAAUAAUUUUACCAAAUUGAAUGUUUAUGAUUGUCUUUUCAUCAAACCAUCAGAAUUGUCUGUCUUUUCCUCAGAUGGUGGUCUAGAUCUUUGCAGCCAACAUACACCCACAUUACAACACCAGUCUUCAGAUUCUUUUGAUUGCACCAAAAAAUCAAUACUUAAACCAAGGAAAACCAAAAGCUUACUUGCUAAAUUUUCCUACCCUAAGAAAUUAUCCCAGAAUGGAGCCCCUAAAAAUCUUUCAAUCAUCCCCUUCACUUUAACUUCAGAGUACCCCCCCCCCCCUCUUUGGUGUUGCCGUUGUGACAUCUUGCUUUCUCGAUAAUAAUAUUGUUUUUAAAGGUAAAAGAAGUGGUGAAACCAUUGAGAAAUAAUUUGCCCUCGAAAAAGACUGCAAGUCCAAAUGAACAGAAGACAGACAGAGAUGAACAGUCACCAUUCCAAAAGCAAGGGAAAAAUAGCGGGUAAUGUGCAGCUAUAUCAAAUAACAUUGUUGGAACCAUGAAGCAGUAUGGGAUAUUUCAUUAAUGGAUUCUCUAACUCACUGCAGCCAUGAAGCACGAUUUUUCUGUCAUAAAACAACAAAGGUUAACGUUUGUGAGAUUUUAUAACAUUCUUUGGCACCGAGAACCAUAAAGUUGUGACCAAGUUGUUACAUCACUUGUUGCAAAACAAGUUUACCUUGGGCUGGUAUAAUGCGCAACUUGUACAAGUACUCUCUACUUUUUGCAGCAAGCUGCAACAACCUGAUUUGUUGCAAGACAGGUUUGAUUCAUGGGUAGCCUGCAUGGCAGGCAUUAAAAGGGGAAGGGGAAGGGAGAAUUUGGGCGUGCAAAGGAGAGAGGAAAGGAAUGCUGAAGAAAACAAUGGUCUCCUAACAGGUGUUCCUUUCCUUUCUCCCUCGCGUGCUCUCGCAUGCCCAAAUUCUCCCUUCCCCUUUUAACGCCUGCCACGCCAGGCUAAUUCAUGUGUGAUAAAAUGUGCAACAUCGCACAUUUUUGUCCCCCGCUUAACCACACCUUUAUGUCCCUUGUAGGAAUUUUAUCCAAACAGGGCUUCACUUUAGUGUGUGUUUUUUUCUUCAUCCCUUUUUCAGGAUUCAUCAUGAGCGACUGGAAGUAGAACCAAACACUGGCAGUGACAUGGAUUUCAGUCAAAUUGUAACAGAAAACAAAACUGUUCAUGAAAGAGCAAGAAACCAAAAAGACACAGUUAACUACAGAAUAACAGAAUCAGAAGAGAGCACUUUUGUAGAUGAUCCAGAUGUUCCUCCACUCAUAUAA